CAAGGCUGAUUCAUUCAAACAAUAGCAGCUGAACAAGGAACUAUGGAAAGAAAGAGAGCAUGAGGUGCACAAGUUUAUUGCAAGAUGGGCCUAUAAUCAUGGAAUACCUUUCAAUGCAUGUGACAAUGAUGAGUUCAAGCAAAUGUGUGAAGCAAUUGGACAAUUUGGACCAGGACUUACACCUCCAACUCAAGAUGCCUUUCGAGGUAGUUUGCUGGAAGAAGAAUAUGAAAGAACCAAGUGUUUGCUGCAGGAACGUGAAGCCAAGAAGAUGAAAAAUGGGUGCUCUAUUAUGACCGAUGCUUGGUCAGAUAGGAAGAGGAGAAGCAUAAUGAAUAUAUGCACUAAUUGUGCUGAUGGAACCUCCUUCAUCAGCUCAAAAGAGAUGUCAGAUGUGUCACACACAAGCGAAGUCAUUUUUGAAUUAGUGGACAAAGCAAUUGAAGACAUUGGUGAAGAAAAUGUGGUGCAAGUAGUCACUGACAAUGCCUCUAACAACAUGGGAGCAAAGAAGCUAUUGCUUGAGAAGAGACCACAAAUAUUUUGGACCUCUUGUGCAGCUCACACAAUCAACUUGAUGCUCCAAGGAAUUGGCAAAUUGCCUCGGUUCAGGAAAGUGAUUGACCAAGCAAAGUCAUUUACCAUAUUUGUGUAUGGCCACACAAGAACAUUGGAGUGCUUGAGAUACUUCACAGAGGGGAAAGAGCUAGUGAGGCCAGGAGUGACUAGGUUUGCUUCAUACUUUCUCACUUUGAACAGUAUGCAAGAGAAGAAGGAUCAGUUAAGGAAGAUGGUAGUUCAUAGCAAGUGGGACUCAUUAAAGGAUGUGAAAUCAAAGAAAGGAAAAGAGGCCACAGCUACUAUAUUGAGUCCAGCCUUUUGGAAGGAUGUGAAGCUAAUGUUGGCUGUUUUUGAGCCAUUGGUCAAAGUCCUCCGUUUGGUUGAUGGGGAUGUGAAGCCAUCCAUGGGUUUCCUUUAUGGAGAGCUACUAAAGGCAAAAAGAGAGAUCAAAGAGGCCUUUGGCAAUGUUGAGUCUCGAUUCAAAGAUGUUAUGACUGUAAUUGAGAAGAAGAUGAAUGGAAGACUUGAUUCUCCAUUGCAUUUGACAGCUUUUUUGCUGAAUCCACACUAUAGCUAUGCUAACCCAUCAAUAUUUGAUGAGCCCAAAAUGAAUGAAGCCUUCAUAUCUUGUGUCGAGCAAUUUUAUUAUCAUGAUGAGGACCAACAAGAACAGACUGCCAACUUUGAAUUGAAAAAAUUUCAGAAUAGAGAAGGACCAUUUAGCAAGAAGCUUGCAAGAACUUUUCAAAACUAUGAUUACAAUCCAGAUAGAGGUACUUAA